AUGGAGCUUGUGCCUGGUCGGUCGAGUGAACACGACGACAGCUUCCCGGCCCGCGAUUACGACGACGUCCGUACGAAGUACGACCACCGACGCAGCCCACCAACCCCCCCCCCCGCGACCGCGCAUCAGCACGACGGCCUCCUCCUGCAGCCGCACGAGCAACUCGAUUGCAGCAGUGCUUGGCAACGAACGAACGAACGAACGACAACGACGGGCAGCCAGCUGCGCGCCGCGCCACUAACCCCCGAGCGGACUGAGAGCCCCCAUCCAGCCAGCGACCCGUCGAACGAAGAGGGAGAACGGGGACCAGUGCAGCAGCAGCAGCAGCAGCGACAGACAGCCUCCGUAGCUUGA